AUGUUGAUUUUAUUUCUUCUUUCCUUCAUUCCUUUCAUCCUUACUUGCUUAUAUCUACCUUUCUUCCUCAUCUACUCGUUCACAAUAUUUUCUUUUCUUCUUUCUUUCUUUCUUUCUUUCUUCAGCUUUCUUUCUUUCUCCCCUGUUUACACUUUUACAAUAUGCUUCUUUCUUUUCUUUUCAACAAAUAAUCGACAAAGAAAAAACAAAAAAAAAGGAAUGAAGCGUUUUUUUUUUUUGGCGAAUAUUAAAGUUGGUUGGAAAGUAGGAUGCCGAGAGGGAGUUCCACACGCGAGAAAUCAUCUGUCUAUCUAUCUAUCUAUCUAUCUAUCUACUAAUCGCAUGGAGCCGAGAGGGAGUUCCACACGCGAGAAACCAUCUAUCUAUCUAUCUAUCUAUAGCCUGUUCAUUAUCUAUCUCAGUCUUUUCGUUAUAUAUCUUAGUCUGUUCAUUAUCUAUCUAUCUAUCUAUCUAUCUAUCUAUCUAUCUAUCUAUCUAUCUAUCUACUAA